AUGGCUAGCUUCAACCACACUGGUGUUAACCAUGUAGUCUUCUAUCUGCUGGGCAUUCCAGGCCGGGAGGACCUACACAUGUGGAUUUCCAUCCCGUUAUUUAUUUCUUAUGUCUUUGCCCUCCUUGGAAAUGGUCUUAUCAUCUUCAUUAUCCUCAUCAGGAGCUGCCUCCAUGAACCAAUGUAUCUUUUCCUCUGUAUGCUGGCUGGAGUUGACAUUGUCUUUGCCACGACAACAGAACCCAAGGCAUUGGCCAUUUUUUGGUGCAAUAGUAGGGCAAUCUCUCUUAAUAGCUGUAUUGCCCAGCUCUACUUUCAGCAUUCCUCCUUCAUAUCUGAGUCAGGCAUCUUGCUGAUCAUGGCAUUUGAUCGCUACAUUGCAAUAUGUUACCCAUUGAGGUACACCAUGAUACUCACCCACUCUCUGAUAGGGAAAAUUGGUGUGGUUGUUUUGUUGAGAGCACAUGGCACAAUUUUCCCCAUGAUAUUUCUUCUAAAGAGGCUGACUUUUUGCAGGAAUAACAUCCUCCCACAUACAUUCUGUGAACACAUCGGCUUGGCCAAGUAUUCCUGUGAUGACAUUCGAGUCAACAUCUGGUAUGGAUUUUUUGUCUUAACGUCAACAGUGAUCCUAGAUAUUGUCCUAAUUUUUGUUUCCUAUGUUCUGAUUCUUUGUGCCAUUUUCCAUAUCCCUUCCCAAGAUGCUCGCUACAAAGCUCUCAACACAUGUGGCUCUCAUGUCUGUGUCAUCAUCCUCUUUUAUGGUCCUGGGAUCUUCUCAGUUCUCACUCAGCGGUUUGGACGCCAUGUCCCACUACAUAUCCACAUCCUGCUGGCCAAUGUCAGCAUGCUUGCUCCUCCUAUGCUGAAUCCUAUCAUUUAUGGGGUCAAGACAAAACAGAUACGAGACCAAGUAGUUCAUAUGUUGUUUCCAAAGCAGAAAUGA